UCUCACAUCACACCAGCCACUGAACUCCCUCCCUGGGAGAGAUGCAAACCCAGAUCCAGGCGGCGAUAGCUCGGUCGCGGCUGAGGAAGCAGCAUCUCCACCGUCGAGUCUCUCCGUCACAAGCAUUGCCGCGCCGUCCUCUUCUCCGAGCUCUGUUGUUUCGCCGUCCUCUUCUCCAGCCCUCCCCUUCAUGGUACUUUAAUUAGGUGUUGAAGUUUCCAUCUAUGACCAGAACGUGGUAAGACUUUGGGGAGCUUCACCCCAGAAAACACAAAAUUUGGUAUUGGGCUUAGGUUCAUCAUCCAUCAUCGAUCAUCUCUCCCUUCACUCUACUUAGUCACUGAUCCACACCAUCUUUGCCGACGACGGGUCUUCUGGCUUCGUUGACCCUCUCUUUCUCUUUAUCCAUUUAUUUCCCAUUGCCAUUUUGUGCCAAAAUGACGUCGUACCCCUUAUCAUACAUUUUUUUCUUUUUUCUGUCUCAUCACUCAUAACGAUUCUCGUCAAGCUACAACCUUUAACACUCAAAACGCCUCCAUUUCAAAAACCGUCGAUACCCACUAUGUCCCAUUUCCGGAAACUCCAAUUAACAUACUUCAUCUCCAAAAUAUCCCACACUUGCCUUAAACCCUCGCAAAGUCCUAGAUUCCACAGCGCCAAAUCUGCUCCCCAAUCCGCACUAAAAAACUGUGAUUUCAAGUUCCCCUCGAAGGUCAGAAAGGAAGCACAAGUCGCAUUGCUCGAGUACCUUCACUCCACAAGGAGCUUGCAGUUCCUUGAUGCAGACAACAUGUGCAAAAACUCGCCCUUUUUCCUCAACGAUAUUCUGAGCAAGGUUCUUCAGAAGAAGAAGAUCGACACUGCUGCCAGUGACGUCAAGAAAUCAAUCUCGCGUUACCUCCGUUACCACCCAAUUAACGAGUUCGAACCAUUCUUCGAGAGUACAGGUUUGAAGCCUUUUGAAUACUUGCACCUUCUUCCAAGGAACAUGAUGUUCAUCAACGAUGACACUGUGUUGAUGGAGAAUUAUCAUACUCUGUGUAACUAUGGUGUUCCCAGGAACAAAAUGGGAAAGAUCUUCAAGGAUGCACCUCAAGUUUUUCGAUAUGAAAGUGGGGUACUGGUGUCCAAGUUUCAGAGUUAUGAAGAGCUUGGUGUGGCUUCUUCAACUUUGGUAAAGGUGAUUUCUUUGAGCCCUAGAAUUUUGGUUGGAGAUGUUGACCUUUAUCUUGUGAAGGUUUUGGAGAAAUUGAAUCGUCUUGUUGGUGAAGAAAAGGGUAGUACUUGGAUUGAGGAGCAGUUGUUGGAUGAGAGUAGUUGUAAUUUUGGGGUUAUGCAUGAGCUCUUGUGCUUGCUUGAGAAAGUUUACAGUGACAAAAAGUUGUUGGGUGAGAUGAUUGGCCAGCACCCUUUUGUUUGUUUUGAGGAUUCUGGAGUUUGGGCAUUGUCCCUCAUUGUGUUCUUGGUGAAAUUAGGGUUGUCCUUGGACCAAAUAGCUAUAAUUUUUGUCAAGUUUCCGCAAAUUGGGGUGUUGAUGUUUCUGUCGAAUUUGCGCAAAUGUUUUACGUUCCUGUCUGAUAUCGAUAUGCAUGCUGCGGAGAUUGGGAAUAUUUUCCAGUCUCAUUCCUUGCUGAUGGGUUCAUUCACUAUUAAGAAAUCUAGUAGUUUGCUCAGUAGCUUGAAUGUUGGCAAGAAAAGGGUCUGUAAGUUAGUGCAGGAUAAUCCGGAAGGGAUGCAGAAUUGGGCUGUGGGGAGGAAAAUUCAGCCUUACCCUGAGGAUAAGGAAAUGAGGGCUCUGAAAACAGAGUUCUUGAAAACAAAGUUCUUGUUGAGCCUUGGAUACGAAGAGAACUCGGAGGGAAUAAAACAGGCUUUUAAGCUGUUUAGAGGUAAGGGAGAUGAGCUUCAGGAGAGAUACGAUUUUAUUGUUAAUGCUGGCUUGGACGCUAAGGAUGUUCACGAAAUGAUUAAGGCUUCACCUCAGAUUCUUAAUCAGACCACAGAUAUGAUCAACACGAAAAUUGAGUAUCUUGUGAAUGAAGGAUAUCCUAUAUCAAGUUUAGUCGAUUUCCCAUCUUUUCUUUCCUAUACACUUUGUAGAGUUAAGCUUAGGUUAUCAAUGUAUAAUUGGCUGAGAGACCAUAGAGUUGUUCACCCCAGGCUUGCUUUGAGCACCAUAGUUGCAUGCUCAGAGGAGUUAUUCUUACGGUUGUAUGUAAAUCGGCAUCCAUCUGGCCUUCAAGUUUGGCAGGAUUUGAAGUCCGAAAUUUAUCCUGAGAAUAAUAACAUGAUAUGAUCCCUUGUGGCAAGCAUGAUCAUCGUUUAAUCUGGAAAAUAUGUUUCUGGUUCAGAUAAUUGUGUAGUGCGUUUACAAAACUGUUAAGGAUGCUUGAACUGCCCCACCAUAGAUGAUUACUGAUUGCAGAUAUUUCCGACACAACUUGUAGAUGGAAGAAGGUUGGCUAGAUUGGUUUUGUUGUUGAAGCCAUCCUCACCAUGUGGCUUGUAUAUAAGCUUUCCUUCUGAACCCAGCUACACUGCAGGCCAGUCUUCGACGGUUAAAGUUUCUAACUGAAUAUGUUUCUUGAGAAUGAAGCAGACAGGGUGAGGGUGAGAGACUGUACUGUCUGAAGAAUUGAAGCAAGACAAGCAAGUGUAUUGGGUUGAAGGUAUUGUUCCUGUGGUUGCUGAUUGUUUACCCCAAAAAUUGGGUGAAAUAGUUUCAAAAUUCAAGAAAAGUAGUCAUAUGACCUAUUGUUGGUAGUUGCUAACAAUUUCUUGUAAUAAGUUCCAAUGAUUUAUGGGAACUCCUACAAGAGUUGGAGGGCCACUUUAAUUUUGAUUUUAUAUGAUUCAUCAUUAAAUUGAGAUGUGAACUCAUCAUAUUGGACCACAUUGAUCCAAAAUCUAUGCAUACCACCACCUUCACCAUUA